AUGGGUUCCCGUUGCUUGACUCAGAACUGGGCGCUUGGCACCUGCAUGACUCGGCCAUGCGCCUGGCCGCUGUUCGCGCUGGGCACGGCCCUGGCCGACCUGGUGCCGCUGUACUUAUGGGUGCGAGAGGAGACCAAGGAGCCGUUGCCACGGGUGACGCGGGUGAGAAUGGUGGUGGUGGUGGUGGUGGUGGUGGUGGUGGUGGUGGUGGUGGUGGUGGUGGUGGUGGAGCGCUUCUUGAGCAUGUGUGCCGAAGAGAACGUCACCAUCUCCGAGAUGCUGACCCGCUGGGCCGCCACCCGCGCACGCGUACAUGACCACCCUGCGACGGAGAUGCGGCCGUCGCCCAGCUCAGAGACCCCGGCGCCGCGCGCGGCACGGGAGGACGCCCAGGAGGAGCAGUUUCUGCUUCAGCUGCGCCCCGGCGACCUGAAGGCGCUGAAGAAAGCGGCGAAGGCUUCGCCGCUGCUGGCCACCUGGACUACGGGGGAAGCCAAGUACUCCCAGCUGGCGCUGAACUUGGCGCUCUCCCUGCGGCGCCACGCCCCGCAGCUCGAGCGCUCCUUCCUCUGCGUGGCGCUGGACCGCGGGGCCAAGCGCGCCAUGCGGAAGCACGGCUUCAAGGCGAUACUGCAUGCGGUGCGGCCGAACGAUUUGAAGGACGCAAUUUGGAAGAUGCGUUGGCUGAUUCUGCACACCUUCGCUCACUUGGGCAUUGAUGGCCUUGUCCUCGACUCAGACAUUGUGAUUCUGCAGGACCCGUUCCCUGCCCUGCAUCGCGACGCAGAUCUGGAGGUGAUGACAGAUCACUUCUGGCCGGACCAACACCUUUGGCAGUACUGGACGCGCUUCGAGGAGCACAUCAACACUGGAUGCAUCUUCGUGAAUGCUUCAAGCCGCACAGAGCAAUUCUUGAAGGAGUUCCUGGAAGAUCACAAUGAGACAGAGGUGGGCGGCAUCCCAAGGCAUUGGAUGGACCAGCAGGUCUUCAACAAAUUCGUGGAGCGCCGCAUCUCGCGGGACUUGGUCCAUGGCCUCUACGAGAGCCAGGUCUUCCGAAAUGGGGCAGAGAGGCCAGCCGUGGUGCCCCUCCGCAUCCGGAUUCUGGACCCAGCAGUGGUCGCUCAUGGCAUGAACUACUUCUGGCUGCGGGCCCACGAAAGUGUUGGGAAGAGGGCCGUGCUCGCACACGCCAACGGCGUGGAUGGGAAGGAGUACUUCCUGCGGGACCGGAACCUCUGGUACAUCGAUGACUUUGAGGAGCGGUUUGCCAGGCAGAGCUUUUUGACCUACGACCACCCCGGCGGCAUGUCGCUGGCGCAAGACUUUGAGUACCUGACGAAGGCUAUGGUGGUUGCCGCUGCCCUGCGCAGGCGCUUGGUUUUGCCGAACACCAUGAACUGCAACAACUGCCCAGCCCUGGAGCCGUACAAAGCGACCACUGUGCUCGGCACCAGCAAUUGCACCUUUGACUACUUCGCCUGGUCUCAGAGCUUCCUUGGGCACCACGGGGCCCUGGUGGCCGAGAGCGGGCUCCGGCACCACCCGCGCUUCGCGGCCCUCGCCAGCGCAGACCUCGACCCCGCGGAUGUCGCCGGGGCGGAGGCCACUUGGCCGCCACGGGUGCACCUGCGAGACGUUUCGGGCGCCUUCCAGGCCAGCUCGAGCAAGGGUUUCUCUUUGGAGAAGCUCUUCGAGUGCCGAUUCCAGGAGUGGCCCGUGGGCUGGAUGGCUUGCCGAGACCUGCGCUUUGUAAGCCUCCAGGGCACGUUUGCCAGGUGCGAGCCGCAGAAGCAACAGAGCGGCUGUGGCUUGCGAGGUUUCAGCUGCUGUGAGGCCUUCUGGGGCUGGGGGGAGAAGUUGGAGUACUUCACCGGCAAGCCUUGGGACCUGCCCUGCAACUGCGGCCUCUCCGCCUGCCGGGAGAUGCCUUCAGCCCAGGCCUGCUGCGCGCUCGCGGGGAAGGAUGCGGAUGUGCGAUGCGAGCGGCUGAGCAUGGCACUGCCGGAGGUCAACACCCCGGAGGACUCGGAGUCUCUGACCUCCACGGCACUUUCGGACCUGGACACGGAGGCGGACGCCAAAGCCUUCUGGCGGACCUGCCGCCUGAACCGCCAGCUGCGCCACCGGGAUCGCACGCUGGAGGAGCUGGUGGGUGCUUGCCACAGCCUUGCCACGCGGUACCUGCUGCUGCGCCAGAACUUGGCGGCGCUGGGCGCUUGGUGCCGCUUCAGCCACCGCCUUCGCUGGGGCAUGGAAGACGGCGUCGGCUUUGCGAGCCAGUGGCCUGCGAGUUCGGGAGACGAGUCUGACUCGGAGCCGAAGCGCUCCCACGACUUGGCCCAGCUCCGGUUCCUCCGCAGCGUUGGGAAGGGCGACGAGGGGCGGGCCUUCGUGCCGCCUCUGCCGUGGCACCGCGCCACGGAGCUGCUCACGGGCGGGCGGGAGCUGAAAGCGCGAGGCUUCGUGGUGCAGGAGGUGGAGGCUCCGGACCUGCCGGACCUGGCGCCCUGGUUUGCGGAGGCCACGGUCUGGCACACGGCGCGUCCCGGCCGCGGCGUGCUGGAGGCGUCUCUUGUGGAGGGGCUCAACUGCGAGGCACUGGUGGAGCUGGCGCAGGCGUUGGCAAGGUCGCCGCACAUCCAGGUCAGCACCAGUCGCUUGGUGCUGGAGAAGAUGUUGGCCUGGAAGUGGCUCGGAACCGCCAAUCCUCCGAUGCCUGUGGACUCCGCAGAUCUGCUGGUGGUGCUGUGGGUGGCGGACGGGUCUGAGGGUGAUGGUCUGCAGCUGAUUCGUGGGGAGGAGGAGCACCUGAUCCGACAGCGGCGCAACCGAGUGGUACUCUGGCGCAACGACUGGCGAGGCAUCCUGCACUCGGUGAAGAAGGAGGUGCGCUAUGAAGACCAAAGGGUGGACCUCCUCCUCAGCUUCGGCGCGAGCUUGGGGCACAAGCUCUACCCCGGCUGGACGAGAAGCUUUGCGACCUGA